CUAGCUCUCCCUCCCUUCGAAUUCAAAAUGAGGAAAAGCUCCCUCUGUCUCUCUCCCGCGACUGGCUGCGGCGGCCAAACGAGGGCAUUGGCGGCGGCAGAGAAGCUUCCAGAAGAAUCUUCGCCCGCGCGGAUGGAGAACCGACAGAAUACUGGCCUCAAGAAGCGGAAGCUUCUGAGGACGGUGCGGGAGCAGGAGCCUGCUAUCAAGGAGAUGUGCCAAGCCCUGAAGGAGAUGGAAAGCAAGGUCAAGAACCUCCGGGACGACAACAACCGGCUCCGCGGCGAGCUGCUCGACAAGGACCGGCAGCUUGCGGUGACGCGGACACUUUUAGUUGACAGGGAGCGUCAGCUUACGAAGACCCAGACACUUCUAGCUGACAGGGAGCAGCAGCUUGAGGCCCGGACACUUCUGGUUGACACAAAGGAGUUUGAAACAGAAAUUUUGAGGCUUAAGCAUCUGUUGGCUGAAGGGGAGCCUUGGCGCAGUGGUAAAGCUGCUGCCUUGUGACCAUGAGGUCAUGGGUUCAAGUCCUGGAAACAGCCUCUUACAGAAAUGUAGGGAAAGGCUGCGUACUAUAGACCCAAAGUGGUCGGACCCUUCCCUGGACCCUGCGCAAGCGGGAGCUACAUGCACCAGGUUGCCCUUUUUUAAGCAUCUGUUGGCUGAGAAGAAUGAUACAAAUAACUAUGCAGCUCUAGUGUCUCCUGAGACAAUAACUGAAGUCAUACAGAAGCAAAUUCCAGGUUCACCUGCAAGAACACCGGUGUCAAACAGAACGAAUACAGUACAGUCCAGUGUGAAUGCCAUUGUCCACCAUGGUAGCUUUCAGGAUGAAGCUAGAGAGGCAAGUUGUUGAAACAGCCCAACCACUUUGCUGGCAGUGUAGAAGUAUGCAAGGAUUAAUGAUUAUUUUGAGCUUUAUAUUGUUUGCUAAGCCAUUUUUAUGGCUUGCAUUGAUUCUGUAGCAGGACUGCUGUAGAAGAGGUGUUCGCACCUCAGGUUAGUGAUAAUGUACAAGUGGAUUGCAGUUUGUAUUUCUUCUCAUGCCUGUAAAUUGGUUUGACUUGUAAGUCUGUUGCUUUCAGGCAAUGGGGCAGAUGAAAGUUCUUGUAACUGUGUGUAUCAUAUGCUGGUUGAAUCUUUAGUAAUUUUCA